AUGUUACUCAAGCUGCCAGCUGGUAAUAAGAUCACCGACUUCAAGUGGUUCAGCGUGUACGACCUAAAUGCCAAGAAGAGCUUCGCGCACGUGGACAUUCCAGCCGACUUGCACCUUCCAAGGCCGAUGACGGUGGCGAAGUACCUCGUUGGCGACCACGCCAACGCUUCUGCCGUCGUCAUCGAAGACCAGAAGACACUGCUGCUGAAGAACUUCUACUACGAUGGCUCGGUACCAGGUACAUACUUCCUUGUCGGAAAGGGCCACAAGCCGGGACCCAAAGGAACCAAGGUUCUGGACGAAAAAGGAAGGAUCCGCGCGCUCAGAAGACACGCAGGCGCAAACCUGCGAUUCACGCUUCCCGGCAACCUGACCGUGGGCGACAUCGACUGGUUCGCGGUCUACUGCACCAGAUGCUCCAAGUCCCUGGUUCAGGGCUCCAUUCCGAAGCGCCCGAACGUGCCCCACGAUGUAAGGAGGACCAAGACAGUGAAAAACGACCCAGUGUUCGGAGGCCGCGACAUCCACGGCGUCAAGGAGUUCACCGCCACCAUUGGACCCACAGCGGGCGAUCACGGCUACGAGAAGAUCACAGGCCGGGUUGGCUGGGGAAUCUCGUGGUGGAUCAACGGGGAGCUCAUUCCCGUGCUACACGUGAAACGCGGUGAGACAUACACGUUCAUCGUCGAAGGCGGCAACGACAAAAGUGUAGGCGCCCGGUACCACCCUUUCUACAUCACCAGUAGCCAGUCCGGCGGCGGCUCCAAGGUGGAUCGCAAGGUGCUCGGUCAAAAGAACCAUACCCUGUUGGCUGGGGUAGUUCUCGACGCUCAGGGCAACGUUGACGUGUCGAAAGGCAUAGGACGCUUCUGCGAGUACACGGAGACAGUCGCAAGCGACGAGGCCAAGACUAUGGAGGACUACAAGAAGAGCGUGAAGAAGCGGUGCUCAUCCGGCCACCCGGGGAAGUUCACCUGGACACCCGAUAGCAACACGCCCGACAUGGUCUUUUACCAGCACAGACUGCUUCCACUGCUGAUGUUGACCGUCUGCCUAAGCUUCCGCAAAGGUGUGUCGGCCGAGUACUACGGCAAGUUCAUCGGGUCCUUCAAGAUGCUCGAGCACAAUGUUUCGGGUGCGGUGUACGCGGCCAGUGGCGGCGCCUUCUACCUGGUCGACUUCACCUACGAUGGAGAAGGACCGGAUGCCUUCUUCUGGGCCGGCGCCAACGCCACACCCGACAACCACGGCGAGCCUCUGCCGAACGAGAACGGCGCAAUGCGACCUCUGGGCGUCUACGACCGUGCGACGAUCCUCGUCAGGCUGAACAAUAAUAGGCGCAUACGCGAUUACCGCUACCUGUCGGUGUUCUCCCAGCGUUCCUCGACAAAUUUCGGUUGGGUGGCGAUCCCGGACGGCUUCGAGCAGCCUCGCCCCCAGUAUCUGGGUGUCCUGAACGGCAUUGACGAGGUCAUCUCUGACGGGGUCGUUUUGCUCGACUCCAGAACCAUCUUUCUGUCGAACUUCGGCUUCGUCGGACGACGCUCUGUAUACCAGUGCAAGGAGGCGAGCGGUGCGGCCGGCUGCUUCGAGGCUACUUUCCUCCUCGCCAAUAAAGCAUUACGGCAUGCUCACACGCCGGUGGUAUCUUUCGGUAUGUUCAACAGAAUCAGCGGCUACUUCGGCAAGAACGUGACGCUGACGCUGAGUGAGGGCCGCAGCUGGGACCAGUACGAGUGGUUCGCCGUCUGCUGCCUCAAUUCCUCUCGGGACUUGGCCCACGUCUGGCUGCCAUCAUUGGAAAGCCUCACUGUGCCCGUCUACAAGGCCGUCUCGUCACAAGAAUCUGUAACGCCGUCUUACUGGGCUGCUGCGAAUGCUGCCACUCCUCCCUCGCCCACACGUGGUGAAAACACCGUGGGGAACGGGUCGGGCGUUCGGUACCUUGGCCGACCGCUGGGCAACCUCGACAUCGGUUUGCACGGCGUCCGAGGGACGGUGUACGCUGCCUCUCCAGACACGCUGGUGCUGCAGGACUUCAGCUACGACGGACAAGCGCCGGAAUCCAACUUUUUCGUCGGUACCGCGGACAAGCCAGACGGAUCAGGCUCGAUUGUGAGAAAUGAAUUUAACAGCGAGGGUCGUCUCCAGGCAUAUCAUAACCAGACGAUAUUGCUUCGCUUGCCCGCUGGCAAAUUGAUAACGGAUUUCAAGUGGUUCGGCGUGUAUUCUGCAGGAGCCAAGACAACCCUCGGACGCGUGGACAUACCAGCCGACUUCGACUACCCGAAACCAGUGAAAGUGGCGGCACGCAUCGGCGGUGAGCACGUCUUCGCCGAGGCCGUAGUCGUGGAGGACCGGAAGACGAUAGGCCUUAACCACUUUUUCUACGACGCCUCGGCGCCAGACGCAUUUUUCAUUGCUGGCAAGGAAAGUGAACCUGUCUCUCAAGGGACCCUGAUUCAACACGAGGGGGAGAGAACCCGAAGGCUGAGAGAGCACGUGGACGAAAACUUGCGUCUCACGCUACCCGGAAACUUGUCCGUGGACGACAUUGACUGGUUUUCCGUCUACUGCAUCAGCUGUUCCAAGCCCCUCAUAGCGGUCAGGAUACCCAAGGGUCUCAACGUCCCCGCCGACACUGAAUGGCUGAAGGAAAGAUCGCGACAAGCCCAGGUAAGGCUUCAGCAAGCACCCAGCGACCCGUUGCAGUUCGCCAACUGCGAGACCAUCAUCGCCGACGCGAUACAAGUCGCCUGGCAUCUCGAGACGAACGCCAUCACCUUCCACGUGCACGCCCAUGCGAUGCCCGGCAUGUGGACUGCAUUUGGCGUCAGCGGCAAAGCCGACGGCAGCAUGAUGGUGGGCGCAGACGUCGCCGUGAUCUUCAUCUCGAAGGCGAACAGCAAGGUCUCCGUCGUGGACUACUACAUGACGGGCAAGGCGCAGUGUUCCGGUACCGAUGGCGUUUGUCCAGACGAUAAGCAGGGUGGCACGGAAGAUCUGACAGUCAUAUCGUCGAGCUACGCCAACGGAAUUGUCGAUGUCGUAUACUCCCGCAAGUUCAACACGGGCGACGCCAAAGACAAGGUGAUACCGGCUACGGGCCCACAAGCGAUGGUAGCAGCGCAGGGUCCCACGGACGAGAAAGCUCCGGACACCGUACUCUACCACACGAAGAUAUACACUGGUGCAACAAUGCCCGUCAUCCUGCAGUUCGACCGGGUGCCGAAGCGCAACUGCCCGCGGUUAUCCCAACACCAGGUGCCACCCCCCGACACACACCGCAAGUUGUUUGGAGGGCGCGACCUGUUCAAGAAGUACAACAUAGACACGUUCACCGCCCAAAUCGGUCCGACAGGAGGAGAUCGCGGCUACGCAGCCAUCACUGGCCAGUCUGGCUGGGGGAUCUCGUGGUGGAUCAACCGCGAGCUGAUUCCGGUGCUCCACGUGGAACGCGGCAAGACGUACAAGUUCAUCGUGGAAGGCGGGGACGACGACUCGACGUCGACCAACUACCACCCCUUCUACAUAACCGACAGUGCCAAGGGUGGCGGCUCCAAGGAGAUUGCGUCUCUCGGCAAGCCGGGACAUCUCCUGUUCGCUGGCGUAUCCCUUGACGCUCAGGGUAAACCAGUCGUGACUAAGGGCGCAGCCUCGGGUCGCCUGUGCGAGUGGAAAGAAGAUCCGAACGGCGCGAGCACCAAGGCCGCCACAUUUCAGGAAUACCGCAAGACGCUGACGCUCGAUUGUAAGCAAGGUCAGCCGGGACAUUUCAGCUGGACGCCGGACAAGAACACGCCGAACGUCGUCUACUACCAGGUGAGCGCCCCAGCUGCCAUUCGUCAGAGAACGAUAACAGCACCUCUCAUCACGGCUUUGUUGGCGGGCCCCGCGCGAAAGGCCGUCGACCUGCUGCUACUAUACUAUGCGGACAAACCCGGACCACGCACUUCAUUUGAAUGUGUGUAUGUGUGUGCGAGAGAUGUAUGCAUCUGUGCGAGAGAUGUAUGCGUCCCGCUCGCUUGUGUUCGCAUAGAAAGGAUGCGCCCCUGGUGUUUUGACGACGCGCACAAUAGUCGUGGUGGUUGUUGUUGAGCGAUGCAGCUACCGAGAGCGCGCGCGCGAGUUGCUUUUGUAUACGCGCCAAGCGAUCUACGUUUUGCAUGGUUGUUUUUGUU